AUGAUACUGGGUAGUAGUACAAUGGCUAAUCUAGCGCCGUUGAUACAGGAUGAAUGUGGUGCAAAGGCCAAGGAAAUUUCUCAAGUGACAUUUCCAUUUUGUGAGCCUGUUUUUCCCACUCAAAGUUGGCACUGUACGAAACAAUUCGGCGAGUAUCGAGAAGCGGUUCGUGAUGAGAAACCAGAUUAUCUUAUAAUAGGAGGCCGUUUUAACAGUAUGGGGGACCCACUAGCAGAGAACAUUACAAAUAUCGAUUUUGACCCGAUUCUUGCUGUUGCUAAAGAUCAAUUACAAGAAUUUAUGAAAUACGUUUCAAAAAAAAUUAUACUUCUGCACGCUUUUCCAAGACCAGUCAUUGAAGAAGUAGAGAAGCUUGCACAACACUUCAGAGAAAAAAUGACGCCUGCUGAAAUAGAUGCAAGUUUGAACUUCAUUGUAUUUUACCAAGUUUUUCGUUUUCAGAAACUUGUCGUCGAUUCAUUCGAGAACGGAUACAAUAUAGCAAAACAGAGAUAUGAUAUAUUGCUGAAAGAAUGCGGUGCGAAGUGCGAUUACAUAGAUUACACAAAAAUUUUCCAUAAUCCCAAAACGAAUACAGUUCGAUAUUUCAACGAUAUUGGAUUGAGUUACUUUACGUCAGGCCUUCAUUUGACACCUAUUGCGUUGGAAAUCGCUCGACCGGAUAUCAAGGAAUUAUGCACAAAGUUGUGA